AUGGUGGUUUUCCAAAGUGGGUUACCUCUAUUUUGCCAACAGUUCAGAGCACUGUUACGGAAAAACAUUAUCCUUGCAAAGCGAAACAAAAGGUCUACGUUGAUCCAACUCUUUGCGUCCUUCAUAUUCGUGUUCCUCUUGUUUAGCAUUGAGAAAGGCAACAAACUGAGCUAUGGCAAAGUCACUGACCCAAAGGUGGUGGCCUCGUUCCCAAUCCCUCCAUGUGAGCACAAGGCUCACAUCAGGAAACCGUGCUUCGACUUUGUGUGGAGUGGGAAUGGAAGCUCCACCAUUAACACCAUUGUCACUGCCAUCAUGAACAAUAAUCCUGGUCGUCAGAUUCCCAUCAAGAAGGUCAAAGCAUUUGGAACACAGAAAGAGGUAGAUGCAUGGCUCUUAAGCAAUCCUAGGCGGAGUGCGGGAGCUUUACAUUUUAUAGUGAGGAACAAGACUGUGAUAAGCUAUGGCAUUCAAACUAACUUCACUUCAAUUACUAAGCGAGAAGAUCGCACAUUCAAGUUUCAAAUUCCACUUCAAUUGGCUGCUGAGCGUGAAAUUGCUAGGUCUCUCAUUGGAGAUCCUAACUUUAGCUGGGUUGUUGGGCUUAAGGAAUUUGCACACCCAAGAAUAGAAUUCUCCUCUUCUUUGGAUGCAAUGGUACCUCCAUUUUUCCUUGCAACUGCCAUGUUUGGUUUUGUGUUUCAAAUGGGUUCUUUGGUCACUGAGAAAGAGCUCAAACUUCGCCAGGCAAUGACUAUGAUGGGUCUAUAUGACUCUGCUUUCUGGUUGUCAUGGCUCACAUGGGAGGGAAUUCUUACAGUUCUUUCAUCAAUUUUAAUGGUUGUCUUUGGAAUGCUGUUUCGAUUUGAUAUUUUCUUGAAGAACAGCUUUGCAGUUGUCUUCCUUCUGUUCUUUCUUUUCCAAAUCAAUAUGCUUAGUUUUGCAUUCAUGUUGUCGACCUUCAUUAGCAAGUCAUCUUCAACAACAACAAUGGGAUUCUCUAUAUUUGUCAUUGGUUUCAUAACUCAGAUGACAGUAGCAUUUGGAUUCCCCUAUGAUCAAUCCUUUGCUAUAAAGUAUAGAAUUAUGUGGUCAUUUUUUCCACCAAAUCUGCUUGCCCAGGCCCUUAACAUGUUUACAGAUGCGAGUUCACAGCCUGAAGGUGUUGGCAUUAGCUGGGGUAGGCGGGCUGACUGUCCACCAGACGAUAGUGGUUGCGUAAUGACAAUUGAUGGUAUAUAUAAGUGGCUUGCAUCUACAUUUUUCCUGUGGUUUAUUUUGGCUAUCUACUUUGAUAACAUAAUCCCAAAUGCAUCUGGUUUGAGGAAACCAUUGUUCUACUUUUUAAAUCCUUCGUAUUGGACAGGCAAAGGUGGAAACAAGGUGAAAGAGGGCAACAUUUGCAGGUGCAUUGGUUUAGAGCCAUUGCCUGAGCUUAUUACUCCAGAUGAUGAAGAUGUCCUUGAAGAGGAAAACCUUGUAAAACAACAAGCCAGGGAGGGGAUUGAUGAUCCAAAUGCUGCAGUUCAAAUACAUGGCCUUGUAAAAACAUAUCCUAAGACCAUAAAAAUUGGUUGUUGUCGAUGCAAACAGACUCCACCUUACCAUGCUAUUAAUGGCUUAUGGGUGAAUUUUAGAAAAGAUCAGUUAUUUUGUCUUCUUGGACCAAAUGGAGCUGGAAAAACUACAACAAUCAAUUGUUUAACAGGCAUUUCCCCAGUGACCGGAGGAGAUGCAACCAUUUAUGGACACUCUGUUCGAAAUUCUGUUGGCAUGUCAAACAUCCGAAAACUCAUAGGAAUUUGUCCACAGUUUGAUAUUCUUUGGGAUGCGUUGUCUGGUCAAGAGCACCUCUACCUCUUUGCAAGUAUCAAAGGCCUACCACCAAAUUACAUUGAAUCGAUUGCUCAUAAAUUAUUAGAUGAGGUGAGACUCACUGAAUCAGCCAAAGGAAGAGCUGGUAGUUACAGUGGUGGAAUGAAACGUCGUCUCAGCUUUGCAAUAGCCCUUAUUGGUGAUCCGAAAUUAGUCAUUUUAGAUGAACCGACAACUGGCAUGGAUCCAAUAUCAAGAAGGCAUGUUUGGGAUAUAAUAAAGGAUGCAAAGAGAGGGUGUGCAAUUGUACUAACAACACACUCAAUGGAAGAAGCUGACAUCCUAGGUGAUCGGAUAGGAAUCAUGGCAAAGGGUAGGCUUCGUUGCAUUGGAACAUCAAUCAGGUUAAAGUCACGGUUUGGGAUAGGGUUUAUUGCCAAUGUGAGCUUCUCUAGAAGUGAUGUUGGACAAGCUCUUCCUGUUGAAGAUGCAAUCACUGAAACUCAUGAGGCUGUAAAGCAGUUCUUUAAAUAUAAUUUGAACAUAGAGCCAAAAGUGGAGAAUGAGGCCUUCCUAACUUUUGUCAUUCCUCAUGAUAGAGAGAGCCUUUUAAGGAAAUUUUUCAAGGAUCUCGAAGAAAGAAAGAGAGAAUUUGGAAUAUCUGACAUCCAAAUUGGCCUUACAACUCUUAAUGAAGUUUUCUUAAACAUUGCAAAGAAGGCAGAGCUAGAGAGUGCCACUGUUGAGGGGAGGUUAACAACUUUGACUUUAACAUUAGGAACCUCAUUUCAGAUACCUAUAGGAGCUCAACUAGUGAGGAUUCCAGAAAGUGAGUCUGCAGAAAAUCCUACUGGCCUUAUGGUAGAAGUAUACUGGGACCAAGAUGAUGCUGGUAACCUCCGCAUUUCUGGCCACUCAAAUGAGAUGCCAAUACCUCUUGGUGCUCAAGCAAUGGCCUCUUCAUCAAAUUCUAACACAGACUCAGGCCAAACAAGACCAAUUCAAGCAACUGUGAUUGAUCCAUCAUUCCUAAAUAGACAUGAUUAAACCCAUCAAACUAGUAAUAUAAAUUAUAAAUAAUAAAUUUACUUAGAAUAUUAUUGUA